CCUACACUGACUAUUUACACUCUAACAACUUAUAUCACUACCUUAAAGCCCAGCAAGUGGUAGACAUAAACACCGGUCUUGGCCAGCUGUUUUCACAAAAGGUACCAGCUUACGGCGACGCCUCUUCUCAUCAGGAUCGUCAACAAGACUUUUGGCAACCGCUCGACUCAUCUCACUUGCUAUUCAUAACGGACGAUAACACACAACAAACAAAUCCAGUCCCUUCAUCAAUAGCAAACAUGCCUAUCGUCUUUUGCCCAUUCUGCGCCAACCUCCUCAUCCUCUCCCGAGCGGACACGGGUGGCAACAGGCUCGAGUGCAGAACCUGUCCUUACGAACACCCCAUCGACAAGCCCAUCUACUCCCGCAAGAACUUCCCGCGCAAGGAGAAGGAAGACGUGUUUGGUGGUCCAGGCGCUUGGGACAAUGCACAAAAAGGCAAGGUCCAGUGUGACAGCGGAACUUGCAAUGGCAACGAGGCAGCCUUCUUCCAGGUUCAAAUUCGUAGUGCUGAUGAACCGAUGACGACGUUCUACAAGUGUAUGACUUGCGGGCACAGGUGGAGAGACAACAACUAGAGGAAGAAGACAUGUUCAGCACAGGUCUGGUCGGAUCAUCAAUACAUGGUAUUGGGGGCAUUGCUUGGCGUUGGGUUUUUCUUUUGUUUUUGUGUAGUUGCAUGUGAGGUAUUCUUCAUCAGAAUCAACUUGUGCGGUACUGGCCUGCCAGAGGCUACUUCCCACUCGUUUCCAUCCCUGG